CCGGGGCCGGUGACGCCACGGCCAAUGGUCCGGCAGCGCGGGACUUUCAAGUCGCUGUCUCCGCCCCGCCGCGGGGAAGACUGCGCCUAUAAAGUCGGCCGGCUGGGUCCCCGGUCAGGUCCCCGGCGCUCCUUGUCUCGCUGUGUCCUGUCUCCGCCAUGGCCCGCACGAAGCAGACCGCCCGCAAGUCCACCGGCGGCAAGGCCCCGCGCAAGCAGCUGGCCACCAAGGCUGCCCGCAAGAGCGCGCCGGCCACGGGCGGCGUGAAGAAGCCGCACCGCUACCGGCCCGGCACCGUGGCGCUGCGCGAGAUCCGGCGCUACCAGAAGUCGACCGAGCUGCUGAUCCGCAAGCUGCCGUUCCAGCGCCUGGUGCGCGAGAUCGCGCAGGACUUCAAGACCGACCUGCGCUUCCAGAGCUCGGCCGUCAUGGCGCUGCAGGAGGCGAGCGAGGCCUACCUGGUGGGGCUGUUCGAGGACACGAACCUGUGCGCCAUCCACGCCAAGCGCGUCACCAUCAUGCCCAAGGACAUCCAGCUGGCCCGCCGCAUCCGCGGGGAGCGGGCCUGAGCUCCACAUGUCGGUUCCGUUCCACCAAAGGCUCUUUUCAGAGCCACCACGUGCGCCCGAAGGAGCUGUGCGCAUCUCUGUCCUUGCCUUGUAUGUCUACUACUGUCAUGGGUAGAGGUCGGUUUCGGGGUGCUCGCCGAGCAUCUACUGGUUAAUUAUUUUAGAUGUUACACUUGCAGCCCUUUCAAGGGUUCUUUCCAGGAAGGUUCCCAGAACAUCUGUUGAAGUAACCCAUUAGCAUGCUUUUGGAACAAAUAGGCUUUCACAGUCCUCUUGCAAAGGUGUUGUGGACCUUUAAGGGGUAUUGGAUUAAUUCGUGGUUCGUUUUUUUUUUU